GCAAAUUAGGAAUUUCCGGAGAUGGAGGGAAAAAUUGACGACGGAAAAAAUGGCGACCAGAGAAAUAGAAGCAUCGAGUGAAGAAGAGAGGAGGGCACUGCGAGGAAGCAAGUUCGCUCCUUUGCCGUCGCUCCCGCCGCAGUCCCAUUCCCAACCGAGGUUGGCUCAUCCAGGUGGACCUUUAACGACCAACAAGGCGGCGGCUCUUGCCAAGUUCCUCGAACGGAAACUUCAAGACCCCAAUGGCUUGUUUUCCAUUAACCCCGAUCUUCUUGAAUUAGCCGUUCAAAAUGCUAAAGCCACCGUCAUUGCAAUCAAGCCAGUGGUUGAGGUAUAGCUUACAGGUACUACCUUAAGUUAGAGUAAUUCAGAAGAAACAUUCAAAUUUCAUUUUGAAACAUGGAGUUUAGGAUUGAAAAUUUGGUGUUCUUUUUUUUUCUCCUAUUUUUGGUAUGGGGAUAUGUAUGUGAUGCCCCAAAUAAAUAACUGAUCUCCUGCAAAUGCCUAUGGUCCUUAAGAUGUUUGAUGUUUAUUGUGGGGUAAUUUGGUAUUACAAUUGCUUUGCACUGUUCUGAUGAUCCAUGUUGAUUCUUUUUUAUUUUGGUUGAUCUUUUGAUGGAGUGGGUACUCGAAAUCAUACUCCUGGCUGAUUAGGGAAUUGUCACUUGAUUUGUUAGCUAUUUAUGGAAUUUCCUGAUCCAUCAUAUAGUGUAUGUGGAAUGGCCAUUUUUGCAAGUCGCUUCAUUAGAUUGUUUAACUUGUUGUGGCUUUAUAGUGUGGGCUUCAUAUGAUUUAGCUUGUAAUAAGGAAUUCAUCUACUGGAAAUUAUUUUUGAUUUUCUUCGUUUUCCUCCUUACUAGGUGGCACUUCAGAUUAGGCAGAACAGUUCGACAUGUAGAUUCUUUUCCUGAUUCUGAGGAUUCCGUAGGAGAAUGUAAAGAAGAAAAUUCCAAACCGAAAAAACACAAGAAGAAGAAAAAGGAGAAGAAAAACAAAAAACAGAAGUGGUUUUUUUGAUUCGUCAGCAGCCUAGUCUCUUCUAUUUCGGCAUUUCAUCUUUGGACUGACAGGAUGAGGGUUGGGGAUCAUGAGUGUGCAACUUUAAACAGGCGUAAAAAGGGCAAGUUGUGAUUCAUACACCAGCUAUUAUGAGAAGAAAUUUAUUGCAGCUUUGGAAACUGGUGAUUAGACGAGGAUCAGAUAUCCGAAAGCACAAUUGGUGAAAUAGAAUCAGUUGCUUUGC